CCACUCCUAGCUGAUGUCUUGUCAACAACCCAAAAGGUAUAUAAGGGCUCUACAUCUACGGAUGGGACAAACCGACUCAGGUACGAGAUAUCGAAGCAAGAGGACAAAGAAGAAAAGGGAAAGAAAUACAUAUUCUGUGUGCAUAAUUCCUUAAAGGAGAGAUUAUCUUUGAUAAAUGAAACCAACAUUUGGUAUGGAAGGAACGAAGAAUUGCGCCAUGGUGAUUGAGGGUGUUUGGCGGACGUACAAGGAUGGGUAGGGGCGGGAGGUGGAGGAGAAGAUCACCCAGACACAGGACGAGGUUCUUGUUGACAUAUCCAACUCGGUGAACAUGGUGUACGACUACAAACAUGGCCUUGUCUUUCGUCAUUACGCGGACAUCAACACAAAAAAAUCGCGGGCCUUGCUACGCCGCGUACAUUGACGAGAUGGACCCCAAACCGGACACACAGUUUGCCGAGCAAGGCCAGAUGCCAACACCCGCGGGAGAGCCGGAAAUUAAGCAGCAAUGGCGGUUCACAGAUACAAAAGUACCAUCCAACUUGGCCAACUCAACCAACGUUCAGAAGAUGUGCCAGGGUACAGACAUCUUCUGGAUGGAAAAGUCGGCGGAUACUGGAUUAGAGAAGAGAGCAACCUACGUCCUUGUUUACAUCGGGUCUUUGUACUAUAGGGUCACGUAUUAUGGCGUCGCCGGAAUACUGGAGGCACGAUAUUUCAAUGUCUACAACUCUAACGGACAAUUUCUUUUCGUCUAUUAUGAACGCUGGUUCACCGCAUACUAGUAAAAUACGUGCCAUCCUGAUACAAACCCAAGCAAUGGAUAUAGGUGUUCAGGAUGUUAAGUUGAAGUUCAAUCGACUCUUUUUCAAUUUGCUAUUGAUGUUUAUGACUGACUUGUAACUGUAUAAAAUACGUGCUAUAAUAUUGCUCAUGUUGAUUUAAUCAUGUUUUAAGUUUCCUACAAUAGAAUAAUUGUGUAUUAACUUUAUGCAUACGUACACAUAAAAAUAUGCAAAACUAUUCUGUAUUGAUACAAUCAUUGCAAUAAAUGCGUAUAUGAAAA